AUGGCGCAUCAACCCUUCUACCACGACAACUUGGGCACCGGCUUGCGCAUCGCGCAGCUUGUUGGACUCACGUCGACAGCGUUCUUCGCUGGUGAGUACAUCCAAUCCGAACAUUUCCUGGCGACUUGAAAAUAGAUGUACUCCUGUUGCCAAAGUAGCUCAAUAUACUGAUGACGCUGCAGGCAAGGAAUUCACGAAGAGCAUCUCGACCGUCCCGGCUCUUGCCCAGUCACCGGCUCCGCUCCUUGCCAAGGUAGAUGCGCACAUUUUGGCCGUUCCGCCGGAGCAGCAGCUAACUGGUGUGAUAGCAAUGGAAGAUUCAGUUUGACGCGGACAAGGCCCUCGCGCCAGCGGUUGCUCUCUUCUCGUCCGGCGUAUUCGGCUUCCUGGCAUACAGAGGUAUGACAAUUCGGCGAUGAUCUUUCUGUCGAGCCUGCUCGCUAACCAAGGUCCUUCAGAUAAUGCCUGGACCAAGACCUCGAUCCUCUAUGCGACUUCUUCCACGCUCUUAGCAGCACUCAUUCCAUACACGUUCGUGCUCGCCGAGCCGCUCAACAAGAAGCUCGAGAGCAAGGAGCGCAACCUUGCCAGCGCUUCAAUCACCGACGCCUCUGCAGAAGCCGGGGUCUCCAAAGAGGAGUCUACGCACAGCCUUGUUGAGAAUUGGGCAGCUCAGAGCUUUGGUCGCUUCGUCAUCUCUGCGAUCGCGGCUGUCGCUGCCACCUGGGCUGCUAUCGAUCGUGCGGAGGUGGUCCCAGCCACUGCGAGACUCGCGACUGGCGCCAAUCGAAUUUAG